GUUAGAGAUAGAAAAAUAGAGCUCAUAGAGCACUGACCAUGGACGUCCAAAUCCUGUUUAAGGUGUUCAUUUCCUUGCUUUGGUUGGUGUAUUGGAUUGGUGGCGCGUCUGUUUAACGCACUGGUGGCGCAUCCGCGGAAGCUUCGGUCGGAGCUGAGGAAACAGGGUUUGAGUGGCCCACCGCCGACUCUUCUGCUGGGGAAUAUCUUGGAAAUCAAGAAGGCCAGAAAGGCGGCAGCCAAUGCUGCAACCGGUGGACCACCGGUUUCCCACAAUUGUGGAGCUAGUGUCCUUCCAUUUUUCGAUCAAUGGAGGCAGCAAUACGGCGAAGUGUUCUUCUUUUCUCUUGGUAACUCACCGAUAUUGCUUGUGACCCAACCUGACAUGGUGAGAGAGAUAACCACCUGCACAUCCUGGGACUUGGGGAAGCCUUCAUAUCAAGCCAAAGAGCUCGGUUCUUUGCUUGGCCAGGGCAUUCUAACCUCCAAUGGGGCUUAUUGGGCUCAUCAAAGGAAAAUAAUCGCGCCAGAACUAUACAUGGAGAAGGUUAAGGGAAUGACAAACAUAAUAACAGACUCUGCGAUUACGUUGAUAAACUCAUGGAAUCGUAUAAUUGAAGUUGAGGGUGGAAUCGCGGACAUAAAAAUCGACCAACACAUGAGAAGCUUUUCCGGAGAUGUGAUUUCGAGAGCUUGUUUUGGAAGUAAUUACUCUAAAGGAGAGGAGAUUUUUCGUAGGAUCAAAGCUCUCGAAGAAGCUGAAUCUAAGAAAGUUUUGGCUACUGGUAUUCCCGGCAUGAGAUAUCUUCCAACUAAGAGAAAUAAAGAAGCAUGGGCAUUGGAGAAGGAAAUUCAUACACUGGUGUUAAAGGUAGUGAAGGAGAGGAAUGAAGCUGGUUAUGAGAGAGACUUAUUGCAAAUGAUUCUUGAAGGUGCCAAAAAUAGUGAUCUGAGCAAAGACGCGCUUGACCGAUUCAUUGUUGAUAAUUGCAAAAACAUCUAUUUGGCUGGGUAUGCGACCACUGCAGUUUCAGCCACGUGGUUGCUUAUGCUAUUGGCUUCGAACCCAGAGUGGCAAGAUCGCAUUCGUGCCGAGGUGAUUGAAGUUUGUAGGGGCCAAAUUCCAAAUAAUGAUAUGAUUCGUAAGAUGAAACAGCUAGCAAUGGCGAUUAAUGAGUCAAUGCGCCUUUAUCCUCCUAACACUGCGGUGUCAAGGGAGACCUUGAAGGACAUGAAAUUCGGGGGUAUUCAUGUACCCAAGGGUGUGAUUAUUUGGACUUUGCUGACAGCACUGCACACCGACCCUGAAAAUUGGGGUCCUGAUUCUUACAAGUUUAAUCCAGAGAGGUUUGCAAAUGGGAUCACAGGUGCAUGCAAGCUUCCACACUUAUACAUGCCAUUUGGUGUCGGACCAAGGGUGUGUCUUGGACAGUACCUGGCUUUACUUGAGCUAAAGAUAGUGACCUCUCUCAUUUUGUCCAACUUUUCUUUCUCUCUCUCUCCAACAUAUGUUCACUCACCAACUCUACAUUUGGUCAUAGAGCCUGGACAGGGAGUGAACCUUUUGGUGAAGAGGCUGUGAUCUUUGCCUUGCGUGCAAUAUGUCAACAUUAGUGCAACUUACUGUGUUUUCCCUACUUAGGAGUUGCUGAAUAAGUUUUAGGCUUACUGAGUCUAAGUUUGUUAUUUGUUUGAACUAGUCUUCAGGAGAGUUUCUCUCUUCCAGAUCUUUAGGCAUGUUGGUGUUUCUUUGGCAUAAUAUUCUCAACACACUCUGUUUUGUUGAGCAAGUUUAGGAACUGUUUUCUAUAAAUUAAAUUGUGUAUUGGCUGGUUAUACAUACCAGUUUUCUUCUUGAGUAAUAAAAUAUCGGCAACUUCU